AUGAAUUGUAUAAGAUCAUCCAAAAUUUGCAAAUAAAUAUAUUUGCUUCUACCUAUGUAUCAGACUUGUCAGAUUCUUUAGUGACUACAAAGGAUUUUCAGAAUCCCUCUCAGUGUAUGACACCAAAAUUCAGGACCAAACAGUAGGCUAUUCAGGCUCUCAGAUAUAAAGUCUAGCUCUUAAAAUUCAACUUUCUAUUAUUCCUAAGGAAUGGAGAAGCCCUUUGUGUCGGAUUUAGGUACCUAAACUUAGCAUCCAAUCCAUAAUUUAUUUUUGCAAAGGCAACAAUUUCUGAAGCCUGGUUAUUUGACAAGUGAGAGAGUUAUGAGCUCUGUGCUUCAGAGACAAGCCUGAACUUACAAACUUGGUGCUUUG